UCCUAACUAUGGCUAUCGGAGGUGUUAAGCGGCAUAGGUCAUUCGCGCAACAAGGUUAUCACAAGAUUUAAAAAAAGGGGGAAGAUUUUUGUGCGACGGCAACUUACUUAGGAAGUCAGUCUGUCGAAAACCUUCUUCACAGAUCGGAUGUAAUUUUUUUUAUCCCAUUUUUAAUUUUCAAGUGAUUAUUUUUUCUAAAAAAAACGAACCCCAAAAAAAAAAAAAUAAAGGCACUAAAAAUGCCACCUUGGUGAAAAAAAAUAAGAAAGGAGGCGAAAAUAAAGUGAACCAAAAAAAAAGAAGGAAAGAAAGAAAGAAAGGAUUUUGAAACCAAAAAAAGGGAAUUUUCCCCCCGGAAUUUUCCAAAAAAAUGGAAAAACAAAAUGUCAAAGAAGCUGGUCAAUUACUAAAGAGUUGUUUAGUGUGGAUUAUUGGAUCAAUAAUAAUAUUCAGUACAACAAUUCUCGUUGUAUUUUGGUGUACAAAUAUAUUUCGCGAUGCAAUAAUGACAGAGUUGCAAAUUAAAAAUGGAACAAAUAAUUUUGCCAUGUGGCAAAGACCCUCGGUUCGUGUUGUCUACAAAAUUCAUCUCUUCAAUUACACGAAUGUCGAGGAUUUUGAGAAUGAUCGUGCUGAAAAAUUGCGAGUCGAGGACAUUGGUCCUUAUAUUUAUCGUGAGACAUUGCAACGUGUCAAUCCGGUAUUUCAUCAAAAUGGAACAAUUUCCUAUCAGGAAGUGAGAUCAUAUCAAUGGGAGGGUGGUCGUUCAGAUGAAGAGAUUCUAGUUGUACCAAAUUUUCUCCUUUUUGCCGCUAUGGCUUAUUUAAGGGACUAUCCGUAUAUUUAUCAUUUCACUUUCACGACAAUUUUAGCCGGAUUGAGGGCUAAAAGAUUUAUCAAACUUUCGGCUGGCGAAUUUUUAUGGGGCUAUGACGAUGAAUUGUUCAAUUAUGGAAAACCUUUUAUUUCAAUGAAGCAGCAUAUUCCGUUUGAGAAAUUCGGCCUUCUUGCACUUAAACCAGGUUUGUCGAAUGAUCGAUUCACAAUUAAUACGGGUGAAAAUGAUAUGGACAAAUUGGGCAUUAUUGAAAGACUUAAUGGAAUGGAGAGCAGGGAAAUAUGGGGCGAUGAGGAAUGUGACAAAAUAACAGGCACCGAUGGCAGUAUUUUUCCACCGAAACUUAUUCGCGAUCCAAAUGCAACAUUGCACAUUUACUCGAAGGAAAUUUGCCGAACUGUUCCACUUAAGUUUCAUGGUCACUCGAGUGCACAAGGAAUACCCACUAUGAGAUACGUGCCGGUUGACGAUCUUUUCACAGCUUCCGAAACAAAGAAUUAUUGUUACUGUCAGCGAGUAAGGGACAAGGAGAAAAAGGUAUUUUCGAAAGCCUCAUGUCCACCAAUGGGAGUAUUCAAUGCCUCGGCCUGCAAUUUUGGAAUGCCGACAUUAACAUCCUACCCUCAUUUUUAUCAGGGUGAUAAACUUCUCAUUGAACAAUUCGAUGGUCUCAAUCCACAGAAGGAAUUACAUGAAACUUUCAUCGAUUUGCAUCCACACUUGGGAGUUCCGAUUGGCGGACAUUCGCGAAUACAACUAAAUCUAGAGGCACGUAAAGCAGACGGUGUGCCAUAUUUUGGAAAAAUUAAGGACGGUACGAUAUUGCCCCUUAUGUGGAUGGAAGCUGCAAUUGAAAAUAUUCCCGAUCCAGUGCUCAGUCUACUUUCACAUGCUUAUUACACUGUCAAUAUUGUCGAUCAAAUAUUCAAAUGGGGUAGCGUUGUUUCACUAAUUUUAUCACUAGCAUCACUCUAUCAUAUAUUGCGAAAGAAACAAUUAGAAAAGCACAUUGUUCUGCACAGAAAUACUUCCGGUCAAAAUCCACUUCUCUAAAAAUGAGGAGGAAAAAAAAUUUUUUUUUUUACAUUUACAAAAAUACGAAUUUACAAAAAAACGUAUAAAAUUUAUUUUUGUAUAAUAAAUACAAAAGGAAGGAAGUAACUUUAAUCGCUGGAACGAUUAAAAACAAAAUAUUCCAUCUCUUAAUUUUGAUGACGCACUCUUGGUACGUUCUAGAUACCAAUAUAUUUAAUACACUAUAAAAUAAUUAAAAUUUAAAUAAUAAUUCUAAGAAUAAUAACAUCAUUCAUUGAAAAUCGUAUAUAUAUACAGAAAAAUUUGAAUUUCACUCGAAAAAAAUUCUCUUUUGUUCAGCAAAUCGUUUUGUGAACUUAUUUUAGCGAAUUAACUGUAGAAGAUUAGAAGACUAGUAAUCUUGCUAUCAUCAUUUAGUCAAUUUUCGUAAAAACAAUAAUUCAAGAAUUUAAAGAGACGCUGGAACCGCCUCUCGCGAUUAAUAUUUUGAUUCCUUUUAUUUUUAUCUAAAAUCCGCUCUUUUAAACUUUUUUUUGUUUAAAUAAAUUCAAACGCAAUUAAUUUCGUUAUAAAUUAAAUUAAAUUUUAAACCAAAUUAAAUUA